AUGAACUUUUCCCCACAAUUAGGAUUUCUCGCCCAAAAGUUUUAAGAAAAACAAUAGAACAAUAGGAUCACCAAAGUUGAUUUAGAAUAAAUAUUAGAAACUGCAAAUUAUAGUUAAGAGGAUAUUUAGUCUUUAAUCUAAUAAUUUAAUGAAGACGAAAUAACCUAUAAUUAGUUUUUGUCGAUUGUUGGAGUUUCUGAAAAUAGUCAGAACAUAUAAUCCUAUUAAUAAAAUAAUGGAUAUGAGAUUGUUUCUGAAUAUUAACAAAAGUUGACAUCUGAAUAGCUUCAAAGCAUUUAUGAUGACUACAAGAUAGCUUUAAAAAACUAAGAUUUCGAAAAAACCAAGUUUAUUUUAAAUUAAUAUAAAGAUAUUGAUUUAGUUAAUAAAAUUGAUCCAUCUCAAAGAUAAAUCUCAACAUACAUAGUUGUCUAAGGUCCUGAUGAUAAUAUAGCCCAACAAACAUUAGAAUUGCUGUUUGAUUUUGGCGCCAACCUAAAUUACAAAGAUUAAUUAGGCCAAUCAAUUUUAUUUUAUAUUUGCAGAGAUGGAAGAUUAAAGCUUCUUGAUUUUGUUUUGUCGACUAAUACUGUGAAUGUCAAUGAUCAAGAUCGAUAUGGACAGACACCGCUGUUCUAUGCUGCUAGAGAUAAUAGAUAUGAUAUUGUGGUUAGAUUAAUACAAUAUGGAAUCGAUAUUAACAUUGUGGAUAAACUUUCAAGUCAAACAGCUCUAUUCUAUGCAGCCAAUGGAGGACAUGUUGAAAUAUGCAAAUUAUUAAUAGAAAAUGGAAGUAAUCCAAAUCAUGUUGAUUCUUCUAAAAAAAAUGCAUUAUUUUUUGCUAGAAAAUAUAACAGAAAGGAGGUGAUAGAUCUAUUUAAUUACUAUUAAAACAAAAAUAAAGAUGAUAUGUCUAAAAAUAGCGGAGGAAAUGAUAACAGUAAAGGUGAAGCACCAAGAUCAUAACAAUAGAAGAGGAAAUUUAAAGAUCUACCAAAACAGUCAUACAAAUUGAUAUUUACAGAUAAUUAAGGAAACUAAAGAGAAUUAAAUUCUGUUGAAUUUGUAAAGUUUUAAUAAGACUUCCCAGAAGUUGCUAAUCUGAUUGUAAAUGCAGAUGAACUAAUUGAUGAUACAAUCAUUAACUAGAUUAAAGAUGAUGAUACAUGGGAGAAGAUAGCCAAAAAGGUUUUAGGUAUUAUUUGGAAAGCAAAAGGAGCUCACUUAUUCCAUUAACCAGUUGAUCAGAAGAAAUACGGAAUUAGUGAUUAUUAUGAGAUAGUGACUAAGCCUAUGGAUUUUGGAACGGUUAAAAAUAAAUUAAAUUCAAAUGUUUAUAGUGCUUGUUAGGAAUUUUAUGAUGAUGUGAUGCAAGUGUUUGAGAAUUGUAUUUUAUACAAUGGAGAAACUAGUGAAGUAGGCUAAAUUGGAUUGAAUAUAAAAUAAGAGUUUGAAAAUCAAUUAGAAUUGACAUUAUUGAAAAAAUAUUUAUGAUAACAUAAAAGUAUCUAUCAUAAUCAAUUUUAU